AACGAUCUUCACGAUUCAUUUGCUGUCAUUUAAACGCCGCGACGAUCGAAGUGCCUGACGUCCUUGGUGACUAUCUGUGCCUAAUUUGGACAUUCCCUAGAACGCAUAAAAGGGCGACGCUCUCGUUCACUCUUUCUUCCUGACCGCCCACUAUGUCUUCCAUCGCUAACGUGUUCAUCGAUAAGCAUACCACGUCUUCCGUACCUGACCUGCACAUUUUGUACGCCGUCGAGGUCGUUUUAGACGAUGGAACCAAAUACGAGGUGCUCAGAAGGUAUUCAGAGUUUUCUGCAUUGCACGACGCCUUGGAUGAUCCGUACGCUUUGCCCCCGAAGAACAGCGUGUUUAAUGCCCUCGUUCCUUCGGCCUGGGCCAAUGACGAGCUCAUCACUGAAAGCAAGGACCGAUUGUUGGCAUAUUUGAACUCUCUUCUUCGCUCUUCACUAUAUCAGUCGUCAUCCAAACUACUUGCCUUUCUCAAUCUCAACUAUAUCACCGACGUUCAGGGAUUCGACGACGAAAUCACCCCGUCGAUGAUAUGCAAGGCCAAUCUUACCAUUAAAGCGCCGGUUUCGAGCCUUUCCAGUCUCGUUGCAGCUGCCUACUAUCCUGAUUGGUCCUCGUGGAGCAACCCGCCAAGCAAGAUGGACUUUUCCAAGUUUGAUAUCCUAUUCUUCGCCUUUGUCGUACCAAAUUCGUCGUCCACAAUCAACUGGGAUGAUGGCAGCCAGGACACACUUCGAAACCUUGUGUCUGCUGCUUGCCAAAGUGGACACAGGACGCAGAUUGUUUUGUCUAUAGGCGGCUGGGGUGGGAGUUACUGGUUCUCAAAUUCCAUGAGCAACGCGACCAAUCGCACAAAGCUUAUUAACGCUCUAGUAGGCGCCGUUAAUUCCUUCGGACUGGAUGGCAUCGACAUAGACUGGGAAUAUCCGAAUUCCCCAGGCUCCGGGAAUCCCUAUUCUUGGGCGGAUGCGACGAAUUUUCUGACGUUCCUCAAGUGUUUACGCGCAGCCUUGGGGUGGUCGAAAAUCAUCAGUGCCGCUGUUGCUCACCAUCCUUGGCUUGGUCCCAGCGGCGCCCCCCUGUCUAAUGUAUCAGACUAUGCCGCUCAGAUGUCGUAUAUCAACAUCAUGAACUACGAUGUCAACGGAGCUUCGGCUACCCCCGCACCCAAUGCACCGCUCGGUAACCUCUGCGGCAGCUCUAGCCAGCCAGAGGCUAACGCUCAAGCUGCUCUUACACAAUGGAAGGAAGCUGGUUUUCCACCGUCAAAGAUGCUACUGGGAUUGGCCCUCUACGGAUAUGUCUCGAAGAGUACGGCUACGCGACUUUCGAACAGCUAUGCUCCCGUGGCAGAGUUACACGAGCAUGCACCGCUUGUUGAGCGUACUGAUACUGUUGCUGGAGACCUCAGCCAGUGGUGGGGAUCUCAGGUGGCCUUCAAACAGCUGGUCAGUGCCGGCGCGUUGAAGAAACAGGCGGAUGGAACGUAUGGUGGGACGAACGGAUUCACCAUGGGAUGGGAUGACUGCAGUGAUACUCCAUUCUUGUACAACACGGCAAAGACCACCGUCGUUUCUUAUGAUGAUACCUACAGUCUUGCGGAUAAAGCCAAAUUUGCAAAGCAGUCUGGAAUGGCUGGAUGCUUUACGUGGUCUUUGGAUCAGGAUGACGAAUACUCGUUGCAAAACGUCAUCCGGUCGAACCUGGGCAAGUGAAUUUGUGUGCCAUGAUAAAGUCAAGUGCUAUAGAUGUGUAACUGUAAAGUGUAAAUUGAAUACUCAACGACCUGUGUCUAAUGUGAUACCUUUUUUCGACCAAGU